GGCACUGGAGCCUCGCGCCGGGGAGGGGCGAGCAGAGCUGCAGCCCCCUCCGCCCGCCCAGACCAGGGAGGGGAGGGGAGGGGUGAGCAGGCGCCGAGCUGGGGCAAAGCGCGGGGCUGUGGGUGCCUCUCCUUGCGCAUUCGCUCUCCGCGCCGCGCGCGCGCGCGCUCCCCGUGGCUGAGUGGCCUCGGACCUGGACCUCGGCAGCCAGAAGCCGUGCACACCCGCUUGCUUACCGGUGCGUUAAACGCCAGGUGGGAGCUGCUUAGCUUGGGUGACCGGACUCCUUCCCCUCUUUUCCUGGGAGCCCGACGGUUUGAGCUGGAAGCCCAAGCCCGGGGCGCUGCGCUCCUAUAAAUAGCGCGCGUGUGCCCGCCUCGAGCUCUCCUGCCCGCGCGCGGACUGGCAAAGUUGUGCGCAGGGACUCCGGGCGUACGGCACCGGCAGGAGAGCAGCCCGCCGGCGAGCCGCCCUGCGCCUCGGAACUGAUCCCGCAAAUUUGUGCCUCGCGUGCUGGGCGCCCAGCUAGCGGCUGCCUACCUGCCGACUUCGAGCGACGCCAGGCUCUGGGGAAUUUUCGACCGAGCGAAAGUGGCAGUCGCCAGAGUGCUGGCCAUGAACACAGCCUGGCGUUCUCCUCGGCCCGGGAGACACCUUCUGCCUCCGUAACCCAUCCCUGCCGCAAGCCCGCGAGCCCGGCGCGAGCGGGGCCAGAGUCGGCGCCGCUGGGCACCCACCGCCUCCGUGGCUUCUCCGAACCCCUUCGUUUCUCCUGAUCCGAGGUUGGCCGGGGGGCGCCGGGGUUUGGGGUGAGCGUUUACUGUCCUUAUCCCCUCUGAGGUGUGGACGUGAAGGGCUGGAGACUUUUUGGAUGUCUGGGAACGAGGGGGCGGGUAAAGGAGCCCGAGGCAGGGCUGGUUCUCGGGCGGCGGAGGGCGGGGCGGGGAGUUCUGCAUGAGCCCCGCGAAGGACGGAGGUAACCCAGCCCGCGAAAGAGCGCGAGGGGAGACUUUGACUUCAAACCACUGAAUCGGUGGGCGUGUGAGCGCCGCCACUGCCGCGGUUCCUGCAGCGCUGCCGGUCUGCUCCGAUCCAGCCGCCGGCACCUCCGCGCGCUCGGUCCCGGGCUAGGCGGCGACGCAGGCGAGCAGAAGCGCCGGCCGGCUGCGGCGGCCCUCGCGGCUCACCAUGGGCUCCGGGCGCCGGGCGCUGUCCGUGGUACCAGCGGUGCUGCUGGCCCUCACCCUGCCCGCGCUGCGCGUCUGGGCGCAGAACGACACGGAGCCCAUCGUGCUGGAGGGCAAAUGUCUGGUGGUGUGCGACUCGAACCCGGCCACGGACUCCAAGGGCUCCUCUUCGUCCCCUCUGGGGAUCUCGGUCCGGGCGGCCAACUCCAAGGUGGCCUUCUCGGCGGUGCGGAGCACCAACCACGAGCCUUCCGAGAUGAGCAACAAGACGCGCAUCAUUUACUUCGAUCAGAUCCUAGUAAAUGUGGGUAAUUUUUUCACCCUGGAGUCUGUCUUUGUAGCACCAAGAAAAGGAAUUUACAGCUUCAGUUUCCACGUAAUUAAAGUUUACCAGAGCCAGACAAUCCAGGUGAACCUGAUGUUGAAUGGGAAGCCGGUGAUAUCCGCCUUCGCUGGGGACAAAGACGUGACCCGAGAGGCUGCCACUAACGGGGUCUUACUCUACCUGGAUAAGGAGGAUAAGGUUUACCUAAAGCUGGAGAAAGGUAACUUGGUCGGAGGCUGGCAGUACUCCACGUUCUCCGGCUUUCUGGUGUUCCCCCUCUAGAGUCUGAGCUCCCCGCGGCGUCUGCCCAGGGGAGGGCCGCCCACCCCCGCGCUGUCGGAAGACCACCCUCUCAUCCUCGGAUCGAUGUCUUUUAUUGGUUUCCCGUGGGUCAGUAUGGAUUCUCCUUCAGGAUCCUAGGCCCGUCCGAGCCAAUCCGGCCUCACGGAUUAUUUGUGUGUGUGUGCGUGUGCGUGUGUGCGUGUGCAUUCUGUGUGUCGCACCAGGACUCACGGCAGAUGGCGCCCAGCUGUGUGUCCCCGUAACCGGUACGCGCUGUCUGCUCGGGCUUAUCUUGAAUUUAAUUUCCUGGGAUGACUGAAUUCGUUACACAUGUGGAGUUUUGCUCAUUUAUCUUUAAGAGACUGGCCACCGGGUGUAAGAACCAGGAAACUCGAGAGUUCUGACUCCAAUCAACGGUUAGUGUGGUAGUGCCAAAGAGCUGUAUCCUGCAUUGGUACAUCGGUCACACCUGCUUUCGUUCCUCCGGGGAUUGGUUCGUUUUGUUCUGUUUAGGUACCUGGGACUUGUUUUUCUAGUGACUGGCUUUGUGUGUGUGCUCUACCCAUAGGGUAAUGAAUGGCUCCUCCGAAAUUUACCCUUGCUCUGAGACCGCCCACAUGACUUCCCUGAAAAAAAAAAAAGAGAAUGCUUCAUAGUUUUAUUUUACUUAUAUAUGUGAAAGAGUCAUAUUUUCCAAAUUAUAUUUUCUAAUAGGAAGAAUAGAUCCUAAGUCGGACAAGGAAAAAGUCGCUUGUCUGAGUUCUACCUGCUCAGUCCCCAAACACCCACCAAGCCACCCUCCUCCCUGGGCAAUCUGAAACUCUGUUGCUAAAUUUUAAUGACUGCGAUUGGUAUUACACUUUAUUAAGAACCUAAGGGGUAUUUUCCCCUUGGGCAUGACGACGUUAUCAGCUGGAGAUGGGAUGCCCCUCUUUUUUAUUACACCCAUGUUUCAACCCUCCUGUUGUGUUCGAAGUUAUCAUCUGGUUUUGCCUUAACUCCUUGAAUUGUAUAUAUUUAUCUGUUUAGCUGAGAUGAAAUCCAAAUGUCCCAUACCUAAACUUAGUGCAAUAUCUUAUUUUGUCUUUUGUACAGAUCAUAUGAAUUCAUAAAAUUAUUUAUGUCUCUGUUAUAGA